CGCGCUCGCGCACGCGCACCGGAAGACCGCGGGGAAAUAAAAAGGAACACCAAAUUAAGAACACAAGGAACACUCUCUUUAUUAUAACUAAGAACAGAGAACGUGGCGAAUAAACAGAGCAGAGCAAGACACGUCCGCACGGCACGACGGCUUGUCUCAAAAUCUAAUAUGUCGUCCGUUUGACAGACGACAACGCGUCGUCAGGGAAACAUCCGACAGCUGGACCGGUUCGCUGGUACAUCGAACGACGCGGGCGUAGACACGGGCGUAACACUAUGAUAACACAUAUGUAUAACCAGACGCGGGGUCGCGAAAGGGAUAUCCAUUGAGUUUAAUUUUCGAUAAAAUUAAAUAUAGAAUAAAGAGUCUAAUUUCCACUAAACUGAACGAUGGUUACACUGUUAAAACGAGUGAGGAUGAUAGGAGGGUCAUGGCUUUCCCUUACAUUAAAAAUGCGUCAGAAAUUGUUGCCUCAGCUACAAAUAAGAAGGAGUUUUUAGUUGGGUUCGGAUGUCUCAAUAAGCUGUAUAAACUUAUAAAGAGACAUAAAGACAAGAUCUCUACUGAUUCUGGUAAUAAUGCAGUGUAUAGAAUUAAUUGUAACGAUUGCGACGCCACAUAUGUGGGACAGACUAAGAGGAAGUUGAAAACGAGAAUAUUGGAACAUAGGAGAAAUAUUCUUUUGGACGAUUCGAAGCACUCGGUAGUUACGAAUCACAUAUUAGAAUCGAGUCAUACGUUAGAUUGGGAACAUGCGACAAUUCUCGAUUCAGAACCUAAUUAUCACAAACGUUUUGUUUCCGAAAUGAUUUAUAUCGAAGCGCAAAAAAAUAGUCUUAAUUCUAACAAGGAUACCGAGAUGCUAGAUGAGUCAUAUUUUAGUUUGUUGGACAGAAUUGUAGAGGAAUUUUAAUGUUUGUCUCCACGACAUUUACAUCAUAUAAACAAUCCAUCGAUUUGACCUACAAUAUCUGUACAUUUGACGCUCUUUUUUUAGUCCGCAAUAGAUCCUCGGAAACAUAACAUCUUGUGGAAAGCUUAUAUUGUACACCGUUACCAAUCAGCUGGUGAAGCAUCGUUGAUAUGAUGAAGAGACAU